GCUCCAGUCCUCCCAGCGCCCCCACUCCCCCGGCAAGGCCCCCGGUUGGCUCCCGAGCCUGGUCGGGACCGGAGGACGCUCUUCUGAGCGGUCGGAGCCAGUCCCAUUCUCUCUCCCGGUCGCCGCGGCGGAAGUCUCUCUAGACACGUGACGUCUCGAUGGUCGAGUGGGCGGAGCCAGGAGGAAGAUGGCGGCGCCCGCGGCUGCAGCCGAGCCUCAGGCGUCCGGGGGUCCUCGGCCCCCAGUGUGUCUGUUGGUGUUGGGGAUGGCGGGGUCUGGGAAAACCACCUUCGUACAGAGGCUCACAGGACAUCUGCAUAGCCAAGGCUCUCCGCCUUAUGUGAUCAAUCUUGACCCAGCUGUGCAUGAAGUUCCCUUUCCUGCCAAUAUUGAUAUUCGUGACACUGUGAAGUAUAAAGAAGUCAUGAAACAAUAUGGACUUGGACCCAAUGGUGGCAUAGUGACCUCACUCAAUCUCUUUGCUACUAGAUUUGAUCAGGUGAUGAAAUUUAUUGAAAAGGCCCAGAACAUGUCUAAAUAUGUCUUGAUUGACACACCUGGGCAGAUUGAAGUGUUCACCUGGUCAGCUUCUGGGACAAUCAUCACAGAGGCCCUGGCAUCCUCAUUUCCAACGAUUGUCAUUUAUGUAAUGGACACAUCAAGAAGUACCAACCCAGUGACCUUCAUGUCCAACAUGCUCUAUGCCUGCAGCAUCUUGUACAAAACCAAGCUUCCUUUCAUUGUGGUCAUGAAUAAAACUGACAUCAUUGAUCACAGCUUUGCAGUGGAAUGGAUGCAAGAUUUUGAGGCUUUCCAAGAUGCCUUGAAUCAAGAGACUACAUAUGUCAGUAACCUGACUCGUUCAAUGAGCUUGGUGUUAGAUGAAUUUUACAGCUCACUCAGGGUGGUAGGUGUGUCUGCUGUUCUGGGUACAGGCUUAGAUGAACUCUUCGUGCAAGUCACCAGUGCUGCGGAAGAAUAUGAAAGGGAGUAUCGUCCUGAAUAUGAACGUCUGAAGAAAUCACUGGCCAGUGCACAGAGCCAGCAGCAGAAAGAACAACUAGAACGCCUUCAGAAAGAUAUGGGCUCUGUUCCCUUGGACACAGGAGCUGCUACAGACAGCUUACCUUCUGGGCGGGACCCUUCUGACUUGAUCCUCACUCGGGGAACCUUGGAUGAAGAGGAUGAAGAAGCAGACAGCGACACUGAUGAUAUUGACCACAGAGUUACGGAGGAAAGCCAUGAAGAGCCAGCGUUCCAGAAUUUUAUGCAAGAAUCAAUGGCACAGUACUGGAAGAGAAACAAAUAGUUUCUAGAUGUCCAAGAGUUUGGAACUCGGUGAAGAAACUAUCCUUACCUCUGAUUGGGGUUACUAUAAAGAACAAUUUUGUACAGAAUAGCAGAGUUUCUCUCAUUAGGGAGAUUUCCUGACUCCAGUGAAGCCAAGGAUAGAAGAAAUGUGGACCUGGCAGGUAGAUGUUGAUUCCCUGUGGCCUUUCCCUAGGAUUUUGCAAGGAAGGAUUUUCUGACUGUUCUUGGAUGCUGGUGUUCUGCCUGUAAACCUUCAUGUUUUAUCAUUUGAACUCAAGUACUUUUGCUGCUAACGGACGGAAUAGAGAACAUAUUGUUCACUUCAGAUCUCUAUUAUUAGGCUGUAUUUAUAGCCUCUGUUUCCCAAGCAUCUUGUCCUUGACCCAUGAGCUUCCCUCCUUUUAGCAGAAUGGGAGAUAAGAAACAUGAGCUUGUACAGAGUGGCAGUGGAGUCUCCUUGGCAACCAGUCAGUGUUGAUAUGAAAUGCUUGGUAGCUCAUUAUAGGUUUGUUGAAGAAAGUGGACAAAACAUAUAAUUAAUAAGAAUCCUGUUUUUGGUGACUUGGAUAGAGUUUUUAAUUUUAACUUUGGUAUAAGCCUGCCUGUCAGAAUUUAAAAUAAGAAAAUUAUAUAAUUAUAAAUAAUUUCACUUCUGUUGAUCAGAGAGAUUUACAGACACAUGUCCAAACCUGACUCAGUAAGGUGAUGUUUACUAAAGUUUCCCUGGUUACACAGGGACCUAGUAACCAGGUAUAGAGCCAGGCCCUGUUUGCAUUUUACUUUGAACUUAAUGCAAAAUAUGCUUAGUGAUUUUCCGAAGGCCAUGGACUUGGGUCAGGUGUACAUUCCAUAUAUAACAAUCAUGGUUUACCCUGCCUCCAUUCUUCACAGUAUCUCAAAAUGUAGUGCAUUUUUCCUAAGGAAUUUUUCCCUGCCUAAUCUGUCCUCCAAUGGUUCUGGAAGUGUGAUCUCUGGGCCAGAAGCAUAAGCAUCACCAGGGAAAUUGUUAGGGAACACUGAAGACCUGAAUCAGAAACUGGGGGUGGGGCCCAGCAAUCUGUUUGAACCACUGCUCUAACCCAAACAACCUGGGACAAUUCUAGGCCAGAUGACUCUCAGGUAUCAGCCAUAUGACCUGCUUUAUCAGAGGACCCCAACUUUGACCAUCUGGUGCCUCUUCUCCAAUUUAAACAUUCUAAAAAUAAAAGCAUUUUAUUUUACCAUGAAGUAUUAAUUUCAAUAUUCUGUACCUAGUGGGAACCACUGGUCUAAAAUUUUGAAUCUAUAAGAGGAAACCAUUUGCACAGCAAAACUCUGAACAUACAUGGUUUUCCCCUUAGUGCCUUUGAAUACUUUUUCCUUAAAGAAUAACUUGUAUGGCCUAUACUAUAUGCUCCAUAAGGGCAGGCAUAAUGUCUUGAUUUUGGUCUUGACUAAAGGAGUGCUCUAAAUUGCACAAGAUUAGUAAUCUGCAUCUAUAAACUUCAGCAGAAUUUAACACGCGGGCACCUAUUACCAAGGCAUAAAGCACAUGUUUGCUAAUUACUCCUAAUUAUUCCAAUGCUGCAUCAUUUACAUAAUAAAUACUGAUUGAGACUAUCAGAUGCUAAGUAGGGCAGUACUGGAAUGGAUGAGUGACAAUAGUAAAGUUCAGGAUAUGAUGUAGAGUAGAAAGCCUCUUUUUAGAGGCUACCCAUCUAGUAGAAGCACAAUUUGCAGAUGUAGAAUUCUGGCAAAGCAAUGGGACUGCUGGCCUCUGAUGGCCAAGCAGAUGCAACAAAUAAAAUAAGCACAAACCGGU